CGGCGAGAGCCCGCGCGGCAGAAAUCCCGCAGAAUCACCGUAAAACGACGAUAAAAAUCGCAGACGGCGCGGGCGGCGAUCGGUGAAGCCGCUUUACCGGGGAUCGAGCGAGUUUCUGCGGUUUCUUCUGGACUUUAACUCAGACUGAGGGACCGGGCGAGCGCCGUCGCCGCUCCAGCGCCGAGAUGCCGAGCAAGAAGAAGAAAUACAACGCCAGAUUCCCGCCGGCUAGAAUAAAGAAGAUUAUGCAGACUGAUGAAGAAAUCGGAAAAGUGGCGGCUGCAGUUCCUGUCAUCAUCUCUCGUGCUCUGGAACUCUUCCUGGAGUCUCUGCUGACCAAAGCCUGCGACGUCACUCAGUCCCGCAACGCCAAGACCAUGACCACAUCACACCUUAAGCAGUGCAUUGAGCUGGAGCAGCAGUUCGACUUCCUGAAGGAUCUGGUGGCGACGGUUCCUGACAUGCAGGGAGACGGAGAGGAGAACCACACUGAAGGAGAGAAGAUCCCCCGCAGAGGCCGUAAGCCGGGAUCGGGCCGUAAGAACGGCGGCGCUGGAGCGAAGGGGAAAGACAAGAAGCUCUCAGGAACCGAAUCAGAGCAGGAGGAUGAUUCAGAGGACAGUGAGACAGAAGGAGAAGAGGAUGAAGACGCAUCCCGCACCAGCACACACACACAACCUGCGCCAUACUACCACAGUGUGGGCAUGUCGUCUCCGCAGGUCUCCUCUGUAACUCCUCCAGUGUCAGUGAGUCUCCUGCCGCCUGCAGUCGCUCCGCCAGCCGCCGAGGAGGAGGACGAUGAUGAAGACUACGACUCCUAGCCCCUCCCCUUCCUCAUCCCCCUUCCUCUUCCUCUCCUGCUCCUCUGCUGGUGCUCUGCGGUGGACAGCAGCUCGGCGUCUCCAGCAGACCCUUUUUAAGUUUCUUUUAAUCUUCUUUUAUCGUCUCCUCUUCCUCUUGUUUUAUCAGUGCUUUGUGUUUGGGAUCGGACCCCAGGAGUGUGUUGGGCUGUAGGUUUUGCACGUCUUCUGUUCUCCGUCUGGGCAUCACUCCGCUCGCCCUCCUCUUUAUUUCAGCAGGAGAGAUGCUGCUUCAGUUGGGUUUGUCUGGGAAAUGCAGAGCUGUGGUUCUGCCGAUUGCUUUGAUCAUGAUGAUGAUGAAGAUGAUGAAGAUGAUGAUCUGGUUUUUGUCCUUUUUAAGCUAGUUUUACAAUUAAAGCUGGUCUCUUCAGUGUGUGUAGCGUCACACGGCACAGCACAGUGCUGCUCUUACUUAGAUUGGUCUCAUUUCCAGUCCAAACAUCUGAACCUGCUGAAAUCAGGAGGUGUUUUAGGACAGGUGCACCAUGGUGUGGUGUGUUCAGACAUACCGAGUCAAGCUGAGGGGAGUUUUAAGAGGAGGGGGAGCAGUAUGAUCCAGUGUUCAUGUGGACACCAGAUGAUUGUGCUUCCCUCAUGCUUGUUACUCUCCUCAGUCAUGUCUGAUAUUGUUGACGCUUGCUGAUUCCAGCAUGUGUAGAUGUUUGGACUGGACGUGAGGCUGAAGCUGCAGGUAGGACGGUGCGCUGUCUGCAGUGUGUCAGCGCUGCUCUUUUUAAUUCCUCCUCUUUUAUUUGGGCUGCAGACUCGCUUUGGUUUAGUCGUUUUAACGCGCUGGUCUCUCUCUGUGGUCUGUGAACAUCCCUGUUUCUUUCUCUCCUUGUUGUUUUUUUUUUUAUCCUUUUAGACUCUUUUAAUGUUUGCUGUGAAGUGGAGAGCGAAGGUCUGUUCGCUUUUAACUUUUCUCCUCAUUUUUUUGUAUGAGUGAAAUAAACUUUGAGGUUUCAGUACGCCA